AUUCCAAACUUGGACUCAGUAAGUUCUUGCAAUGGCCAAAAUUAAAAUCAUCCUCCUCUUUUCACUUUGUUGUGUUUCAACGUCGUUCGGUUAUUUCAAACAAUCGGAAACAAAUUUAAUCGCUUCAACUCCUUUGGGGCAACUUAGAGGAACCACAUUAACAAGUAGGAAAGGGGCGAAGAUUCUUUCUUUUCUCGGGGUUCGAUACGCUGAGGCACCAAUUGGAAAUUUAAGAUUUCAGCCUCCAGUCCCUGUAAAACCCUGGAAAGAAAUUUACGAUGCCACAAAAAAUCCUCCACUUUGUCCACAAUCUUUCGUUAAUUCAACUAAAGAGGAUUGUUUAUUUCUUAACGUUUAUACGCGAAGCUUAGAAAAUGAGAAAAAGCCGGUUAUGGUUUUUUUCCACCCCGGUGGAUUUUACGAAGGAAUUUCGUCAAGCGAAUUCUUUGGUCCUCAUUAUCUUUUAGAUCAAGAUAUAGUUUUGGUUGUUCCGAAUUAUCGCCUUCAAACCCUCGGUUUUUUAGCAACGGGUACUAAAGAGGCCCCAGGAAAUAACGGACUUAAAGAUCAAGUUCAAGUUCUUCGUUGGGUUCAACAAAAUAUUGCUUCGUUUUCUGGUGAUCCUAAUAAUGUAACAAUUUGUGGUUAUAGUGCUGGAGGAACAAGUGUAACUCUUCAUAUGGUCUCACCGAUGUCGCGGGGAUUAUUUCAUAAAGCCAUUUCAAUGAGUGGUGCUGCUUUUGGGGUACAGCCAAUUAUUUCCGAUCAAUUAAGAUUGGCUAAAAAACAAGCCCAAUUAGUUAAUUGUCCCGAAGAAGUUGACAAUGGCCUUAUUGAUUGUUUAAAAUCGAAAACUUCAGAGGAAUUAUCUAAUAAUUUACAAGGAUAUAAAGAGUUUCUUAAUGAUCCGAUUUGGUUAUGGAUGGUGGUUAUUGAACCCGAUUUUGGACAGGAAAGAUUUUUGGUCGAACAUCCAAUAAAAUCCGUUGUUAAUAAAAGAGUCGCCGAUGUUCCCCUUUUAAUCGGGGUUACUAAAGAUGAAUUUGGUGGAAGAUCUUAUUUUGUAGUAAAUAAUCAAACCGCUUUAAAAGAAUUUGAUGAAAACUACACAACAAAUUGGCCCAUUAUUUUUGGGUACGAAAGAGAUUCACAAUUUUCUUUAAACGUUUCCGAAGGAUUACGGAAAUUUUAUUUCCCCGAUAAUAAAAUCGAUGAAUCAAAACGGCAGGAAAUCGCCGAUUUAUACGCCGAUAGCAUAAUCGGUUUUGGGAGUAAUCGCGGUGCAAAACUUUUAACGCAACAUCUCACCAAUAAAGUUUAUUAUUACAGGUUUAGUUAUAAAGGAAAAUAUUCUUUCUUUUAUAUUCCCGGUACUAACAACACCGUUUCUUAUGGUGCAUCACAUCACGAUGAUUUGUUAUAUCUUUUUUAUAUCUCACGUCGAACUCCGAUGUUUACCGAACAACCCGAAAGUAAAAUUGUUGAUUAUCUAACAACGAUUUGGGGUAAUUUCAUUAAAACUGGGAAUCCCGAUACAAAAUCGUAUAAAUGGCCGGAAUAUGAUUUGGUCAAUCAAAAAUAUUUAGAUAUUAAUAUUAAUUUGAAAACUUCGAAUUUUAUGUUUGAGCAACGUUAUAAAGUAUGGGAAAAACUUUAUCCAAUAUCACUUUAUUUAAAUUAACGCUAAUCUCGCAACUAACGCCAUCUUUUAUUAACUAGCUGUUUUAUAUCACAAUAUUUAAAUUCGAUAUUGUUGAAUUAUUGUAAUAAAUAUUAAUAUUUGUGAAAUAUUGUGUAUAAAUGAAAGGCUUUUAUUAGCCAGGCGUCUGAAGAUGCAAUUAA